AUGGCGAUUGCAGCUGCAAAACCCAAGAAAGGACAGAAAUUUGUCUUUAAUGAUGAAGGUGAAGCUGUCGUAGACUCUAAACCAGCAGGAGUCAGAUUUGACCCUGGCAUUCCUUGGUAUAAUAUACAGUUAUCGCAACUACAGCCUACGAAGAAACCGGUUUCCUCUGGCAGGGCUAUUGAAUUGGAACAACGAGGAAUUCUUCUUUUACAGCAAGAUGCUGAACGCUUUUCAAACUCCUUAGAGACCGGAAGCACCGACAAACGAAUGAUGCAAACUUUGAUUAGUUCAGGUACUACGAGCGAUCGUAUUUCUGCUCUGACACUGUUGGUCCAGGAAUCUCCAAUUCAUGCAGCGAAACCACUGGAAAGUUUAUUGGCUCUUUGCGCCAAGAAAUCACGUAACGAAAAUACCCAAAGUGUUAGCACUCUAAAAGAUCUCUUUUUGGGUGGUUUGAUACCAGACAGAAAGCUGCUGUAUAUGAAACAACAGCCCUGUCUGGGAUCCCAAGGUGUCACUGAUGAACACUUAAUGGUGUGGGCCUUUGAAAGCUAUUUAAAAACGUUUUAUUUCAAAUACAUUCAACAUAUAGAAGUACUCUCCUUUGAUCCUUUGAUGUUUGUGAAAAGUCAAAUGCUUUCUACAAUUUAUGAUUUAUUAAAAGGGAAGCCCGAGCAGGAACAAAAUUUGUUGCGUUUACUAGUGAACAAGAUCGGUGACAAGGACAACAAAAUAGCAUCCAAGGCAUCCUAUUUGAUUCUUCAGGUGGAAGCAAGUCAUCCAGCCAUGAAGUUUAUUAUUACGAAAGAGUUGGAAAGAUUUGCUUUUGCCCGUACCACUUCGCGCACUAGCCAUUAUUAUACAAUGAUCACCCUCAACCAAACGGUUUUGACUCAUAAGCAAACUGAUGUCGCAAACUUAUUGAUCGAAAUUUAUUUUGUCUUUUUCACAAAGCUUUUGUUUGCCUUUGAAAAGGAAGAAAAUGCUAAUAAGGAAGAGGAGAAUAUGGUAUCUCAUGACGCCAAGGAUAACAAAAAGAACCAAAAGCGGAAAAAAGAUGCUGACAUUCGUAAAGAAGCACAAGAAAACUCCAAUUCUCGGUUGGUUUCUGCUAUUCUUACCGGUGUUAACCGAGCUUACCCUUUUGCAGAAAUCAAUAGCGAAAGUUUUGAUAAGCAUAUGAAUACCCUCUUUACAAUUACUCAUACUGCUUCUUUCAACACUGCCAUCCAGGUACUUAUGUUAAUUUUCCAAGCUUCUUCCACCAGGGACUCCAUUCCCGAUCGUUUUUACAAGAGUUUGUAUGAAUCUUUGUUAGAUUCACGCCUUCCAACUUCUUCCAAACACUCCCUUUAUUUGAACUUAUUAUAUAAGUCUUUAAUUAUUGACAAUAACGUCGCCCGUGUCCGUGCAUUCAUAAAGAGAAUGGUUCAAAUUGCCGCUUGGCAGCAGGCCCCUCUUGUUACUGGGUUUUUCUAUGUCAUUCGACAAUUAGAGGACUCUAAUUCGUCGCUUCGUGCAAUGUUUGAUAAGCCAGAAAUGCAUGAGUUUGAUGAUGAUGAAGAAGAAGUAUUCAAAGAUGUCGAGGAGGAAGAAGAGAACGCAAAUUCUGACGGUGAAGAAAAAACGGAGAACCAAGACAAUAAGCAGGAGAACAAAGAAGCACACGUAGCUUCUGUCAAAUCCGACCUCACUAACGGAUAUGAUGGACGGAAAAGAGACCCCCAGUAUAGUAACGCUGACCGUAGUUGUAUUUGGGAAAUUUAUCCAUUCUUGAGUCAUUUCCAUCCUACUGUAUCUAUGCUGGCAAAGCAGCUGGUUAAAGGAGAAAAAAUUGAAGGCAAACCAGAUCUUUCCCUUCACACUUUGAGCCACUUUCUCGAUAAGUUUGCAUAUCGUAAUCCUAAAAAAUCAGCUGCUGUUAAAGGCUACUCUAUUAUGCAACCUCUUGCUGGCAGCGUCUCCAAAGGUAUUGUUUCCACUGGAACUGGUCAAGGUAAUGCGCCUAUGAAUUCAGAACAAUUCAUUGGAAAACAGGAAAGUGAAAUUCCCGUUGAUGAACUGUUCUUCCAUCGUUUCUUCAAUGAUAAGUAUAUCAAAGGAAAGCAAUCUAAUAAGAAGAAUGUUAGCGUAAAUGAAGAAGGUGAAAUGGACGAAGAUGAGGUUUGGAAAGCGCUUGUGGAUUCCAAGCCGAAUUUGGAAAUGGAAGAAGAAGAAAGUGAUUUCGAUGAAGAGGCUAUGGAUGAAGCAAUGGCUGACUUUUCUGAUGGAGAGGAAGCUGAACAACCAAAGGAGCCUGCUGAAGAAGCCGAAGAAAAUGUUGAAGAAGAGGAGGAGGAAGGCCAAAUGUUCUCAGAUGAAGAAACUGAACCCCGUGAGAAUACCGCUAAUGCACCUGCUGUACCUGAUGCAGAGGAGGGUGGAUCUGAAGAUGAAAUGCAGUUGUUGGAAGACGAAGAAGAUUUACUUCCAUUUGAGAAUGGCGAAGACGAAGAAUCUGAAGGGGAGGAAGAGCGACGUGAACAAAAAGAGAAAUCCUCUCAGAAGAACAAGCGAAGAAAAACUAUUAAAGAGUUGCCUGUUUUCGCUGACGCAGAUUCUUAUGCUCAUUUGUUGGAAGGUAAUUAG